AUGAGCACCAAAGAAAAAGACAAAGAGAUAGCGGGCUCACCAUCCCUUAGCGUCGAAAGACUCCCCGAAACCUCGCUCUGGACCAACAGCAAAUGUCUCCUCAUCUGCGCCCUCGUCUCCCUUGCCAGCAUGCAAUACGGCCUCGACAGCGCUUGCCUCGCCGCCUUCCAAGCGAUGCCCGGCUUUCUCAAAGUGUUUGGAUACCCCGACCCAAGCGCUCCAGGUGGUUUUGGGAUUGGCCACACCUUCCAACAACUCCUUUUCUCCUUCUUGACCCUUGGCUCUCUUCUCUCCACACUUUUCGCCGGUCCCUUCUCCCACCUCUACGGGCGUCGUCCUGCGCUCCUCCUAGCGUGUUUCCUCACUGCCUUCGGCACCGCUAUCCAAAUUGGCACCUCUUCAGCGGCGGCCUUGUAUGUGGGUCGAAUAAUCCUCGGUAUUGGGAACGGGUUCCUCGUGACAUUUUCCAAUAUUUAUUGCGCGGAAGUAGCGCCGCCUCAUCUGAGAGGUGUCAUGGUUGCGCUUUUUUCGGAAUGGGUCUGCGUGGGAAGUGUGCUGGGCGCGACGGUGACGAAUGCGACUAAGAAGUGGCUGGGAAAGGCCAGUUGGAGGGUUCCGCUGGGCAUGCUGUUUGUUGUUCCUGUGAUGUUGUCGGCCGGUGUGUGGUGGGUGGUGCCAGAGAGUCCAAGGUGGGAGGUUAGUCGAGGACGGCACCAGGAGGGAAGGAUGGCGUUGGAGCGCGUGAGGGCCGUAAGAGAGGACGGCAAAGAAGGGCAGCAAAGGUUGGAGGUGGAGUGGGUGGAGAUGGUCAAAGGGAUCGAAGAGGAGAAGAGGCUGGCGAGUACGGUUGGGCCGUUGGACAUGUUCCGCGGUAGUGAUUUGCGCCGAACGCUGUUGUGUUUUGGGGUGAUUGCAACCCAGGCUGGUAGCGGCAGUUGGUUCUAUAUCAGCUACUCGACGUAUUUCAUGAUUGUCUCGGGACUGCCGGUGGACCUGUCAUUCAGGUACAGCAUUCUGAAGACGUAUAUCGGAUUCAUCGGGGUCAACGUCGGCAUGUACUUGAUGCGCUUUGUCAUGGGCCGGAGGACGCUGAUGACGACGGGAGCGAUGGUGCAGGGCAUGUUUAUGUUGGACAUGGCCAUCUCGGCGAUAACGACGGAGGCGGGGACGUGGAGGGCGAGGGAUAGUCUGAUGGCGUGCAGUGCCCUGGUUAACUAUGCGCAUAAUGCGUUUGUGGGCGUCGCGAGUUACCCGGUGGCAACGGAGCUGGUGAGCACAAGGCUGCGGCCGUACACGGUCGGGGCGGCCAUCAGCCUGGGCUAUUUGCUGGCGUGGCUGACGUCCUUCUGCUCGCCCUACUUUAUCAACCCGGAGAACAUGACCUGGGGAGCAAAGUACGGUUUCAUCUGGGCCGGGCCCAAUUUCUGCUGUGCCUUGUUCUUCUUUGGCUGUCUCCCGGAGCUGAAGGGUCGGGCGCUGGAGGAGAUUGACGAGUUAUUUGAGCAAAGGGCUCCGGCGUGGAAGCUCAAGUCGGCAGAGACGUCGGUUGUCAGCGAGGCCAUCGAGGAGGUUCGAAGACGGAGGGGGGAGGUCGGGGAGGACGGCGGCAAGGCGGCGACGGUCGAGAUUGUCGUGGAGCGUGAGAAGGACGUGUGA